AACCAACCCCGCCUCCUCGCUUCUGGGCUUCUCGCCGACCCAUUGCGCAUGCGCUGAAGAAUGAGCUGCGGUGGGAAGUGGGAUCCCGCGAGAGUUGAGGCUUCCGAGAUCCGAUAAGCCGGAAGUGGGCGGCAAAGAACCCGGAAGACUUGGAAAGCAAAGUACACACAGGAGCCGGAAGGAGAGGAAAACAACUCAGGCCAGGAUGGACGAUACGCUUUUCCAGUUAAAGUUUACAGCCAAGCAGCUGGAGAAGCUUUCCAAGAAGGCAGAAAAGGACUCCAAAACCGAACAGGCCAAAGUCAAGAAGGCACUUCAGCAGAAGAAUGUGGAAUGUGCCCGGGUCUACGCUGAGAAUGCCAUUCGGAAGAAGAACGAGGGCUUGAACUGGCUCCGUAUGGCGUCCCGGGUGGAUGCCGUGGCCUCCAAAGUCCAAACGGCAGUGACGAUGAAAGGGGUGACAAAGAAUAUGGCCCAGGUGACCAAAUCCCUGGACAAAGCUCUCAACUCGAUGGACCUCCAGAAGGUCUCUGCUGUGAUGGACAAGUUUGAGCAGCAGGUCCAGAACUUGGACGUCCACACUUCGGUGAUGGAGGACUCCAUGAGCUCAGCCACCACCCUAACCACGCCGCAGGAGCAAGUGGACAGCCUGAUCGUCCAAAUUGCCGAGGAGAACGGCCUGGAGAUUAUGGACCAGCUGAACCAGCUGCCCGAAGGAGCCUCGGCCGUGGGAGAAAGCUCCAUGCGCUCCCAGGAGGACCAGCUCUCGCGGAGGUUGGCUGCCUUGCGGAACUAGCACUCCCUCUCCCGUCACAAACUGUCGCUGCUGCCUUGUUUGCCUAUGAUUUUGUGGGGUUACCUGAGAGGUCCUCCUCCGGCCUUCCUUCCCCUUUUCACAGCUCUCUGUUCCUGUGACCAGAAAGAGGACUGAUCCCUCCGACUCCUCCAGGCCUGUUGGGGUCAACACUGGACCGGACCCACUUUGGAUUUUAUUGUGGAGGCAGCUCUCUAGAGAAGCAGCAUCAGUGGCGGAUCUCUGUGCAUGUGUGUCCCUUGGCUUUGGGGGAGAGAAUGGCUGGGAGAAGGGAGGCUGGCUGUAGUUUGGAUUCUCUCCACACACUUCCUAUCAUCCUUGGUUUGGUCCUCAUUGACCAUGAGGAGCACACGGUUCAGACACUACUCUUUUGACCAUUUCACAUUCUUAAGAGGGAUAGGACCCUUCUUCCACCAGGUUUCUUUGUUCUAAUAUCGCUCCUCGUUUGGUUCUCUUAGUGUCAAUUUUAGCCCAGCGCUUUCCAGGAAUUACUUCCCGGUUAAUGGGAAUUGUAGUCUUGAACCUGUGGGGAAGGUAUUGGUGUAUUGUAGAGAUGAGGCCUGUUGAAACUGGGUCUUGAAUGUUGUCUCAGAGGCCUUGGAUUUGCACACCUCGAAGUGACCUUUGAACACCAUUCUCCCUUUGUCUUUCCACCCAACAGACACUAACGUCUCCAUGUUCCUUCUUUUGGGGAAGCCAUUUACCUCCUGUCAUGUGCUCAGCUCUUUUCCUAAAGAGAUCACUGCUGGGAGGGAGAAAUCCUUUUUCUCCUCCUGUGUACAAAAAUGCUUGGGUCCUCUUACUGAGACAUCCUUCUCAGUAAGACAUUGACCUCUUAAUACAGUGGGUGGGAAUAAUGCUUUAUCUUUCUUGCUUGGACCUGGUGAAAAUGUAACAUGAGACAGGACUCUCUUGCUUUUUCCAGCUCAGUCCUAUAAAAUCCCGCCAGAUCUCACCUUGGAUGGGCUCCUUGUCUUCCCAUUGCCAUCGGUCAUCUUCUCUCACUUAAAUAAACCCCUCUUGUAUCUGCCAAGGUCCUGGUGGAAGGUUAUUGUGGGGUCUGAUCCCCCAAGUUGCACUUUUGGGCAAGCUUUUUUCAAGGGGAUGCUGGAUUCUCUAGCUGUCUCUUGGGGGGAAUGGUUGGUCUUCUGUUGCCUUUGUUUUUUAAAAGAAGAAAAAAUUAAAAGUGAACGCUGUCAUUUCUUUGAUGUGGUUUUAAAUAAAUGAAUUAUCUAUAGAACUCGCAUAGACUCA